CGUGAUCGGUCUCUUGAACAAGGCCAUUGCCAGAGAUACACACUCUUUUUCGACUGUACAAUCACACUCCUUGCACGAAAAGGUGCUGCCGUGAUCAUGAGCAGCUUCUCGUGCCUUCAGAGCUCCCGCAGAGCUCUCUACCGGGUCUUUGUCUCCCCGCAUGAAGCGCUCACCCGCCAGCUCCUCCCAGCAGCUGGAGCGACACUCUCGCCAAUCCGCCAGAACCGUCUCUUCUCAGCUUCGCCUGCUCAAUUGAAAGCUGUGCGCGCCUCCGAGCCCACAAUCGUCGACCCCGAUGAGCGAGGCUUCGACCGUCGGUACAUGACCCAGCAGGACUUUGUCAAGUCUGGUCGCGACCGUCUCCCGCAGGACUUUGAGAUCACGGACCCCAAGAUCAUGGUCUUUGACAAUGGAAACUUUGACGGGCCCCUGCUCACGCGGCACGUCAUGAGCCGCAUCGACCCCUCCGAGUCGCUCCGCAUGAUCCAACCCUACGUUCCCGCCGACAAAAAGGAGAACAAGCCCGUGCAGUACGCCGUGUGCAAGGUGGUCAACAAGAAGGAGGAGUACGAGCGUCUGCGCGAGAAGAAAGAGAGAGCACGCGUGUCUAAGCAGACUACCCCAAAGAGCAAGGAGCUCGAGCUUGGCUGGGGUAUCGGGGAGCACGAUCUGUCGACCAAGCUGCGACAGCUAGAGCAGUUCCUCAACAAGGGGAUGAAGGUCGAGGUUAUCCUCGGGUACAAAAAGAAGGCACAGAAGAGAGUUGACGAGGCUGCGGCCGCCGACGUGCUGACCAAAUUGAAGAAGGGGAUUGAGGAGGUUGGCGCGAGGGAGUACAAGGCUCAGAGCGGAGACGUGGGACGGACACUACGAUUGUAUGUUGAAGGCAAGGCUAAAUAG